AUGGCAGACCCUACUUCUACCACACAGGAGGUGAAAGAUGAAGUGGUUCCUCCAGAGAACCUGAAUAGCUCUGCCCAGCCUACCCAAGACGCCGUCAAAGAGGCCGCCCCCGCAUCUGAAACUCCUCCCAAACUCGUCUGUAAAAAGCAUGAGGCCAAGAAGAAUAAAAGAAAGAAGAGCCAGAAAAAGUCUGAUACCGAUAGCUCUUCCGACUCUUCUUCUUCUUCUUCAGAUUCCGAUAGCGAUGCCGACUCCGAAGAAUCCGAUUCAACGGAGAGCGAGUCUGACUCAGAUAAGCGUAAGCGACAUCGUCUACGAAAAGCACGUGCCAGACGAGCGAUGAAGGAUCGGAAACGUCGCAAGAAGAGGAAGCAACGGUCGCGCAAGGCUGAAGCUGAGGCGGAGGAAUCGGUGUCUUCUUCUGAGUCCGACUCGGAAUCUUCGACGGACUCUGAUGAUGAAAUCGAUGAUAGGACGCUACGGAAAUUGGUGUCCAAGCUCAAGCUUAGCAGGAAACGGGCGAAGAGAUUGCGUGAGAUCAAUGCAGAUGAUCUGGCGGCGAGUGAGCCGGGGGAGACUCGUCGGGAGAAGCGGUCAAAGAAGAAGAAGCCAGCUUCAAAGGUGGCUUAUAAACGUGUAGAUCAAUUAUGGGACACGACCAUUCACAAGUACAAGCUCACCGAGACGGUGGAUGACCCCGACGCCGACGAAUGGGACCAAUACAUCUUCAAUGUCCGUCGCAAGUUCAACUGGGAGAAUAAAUACAUCGAAACGGUGGUUGAUAUCAAGAGCAAACAUCUCCGUGAUGCCCUUUCCAAGAUCAUGGACGGCGUCAAGGGUGUGAGUCUUGUUCAGGAGCCCGCCGUCGUUGAUCCAAACAUGCUAUUCCUCUACUUGGAGGAAACACGACAGUACAUGAAAGAGCUGAAAAAGCAGUCGCGCAGCGAGAAAAAGAAAAAGGCUCGCAAGUCCGCUGCUGCCAAAGCGGCCCAUCUCAAGGUUCUGGUCAAAUACCUCGACACCGACUACGCAGACAUCAAGAAGACACUCUAUCCACUGCUCGAGGCCAACACCAUCACCUUUGACCUGUUGUGGGCUCUGUACAAGCCAAAUACCAUCGCUUACACCCCAACAUACGGAAACGCCGAUGAGCCACGCGCCUUCAAAAUCGAGUACGCGGUCAAAGAGUCCUCCUUCAUGAAGGGCCAGUGGUACAGCGUCGACGGCCGCUACCUCGAAUACGACGGGAAAGACUACGGCUUUGGCUCCAUGUCCGCCGAGGUCGAGGCCUUCAAGGGCGCCAGAAAGAUCACCAGUCUCGCCUGCUACCCGCUCAAGUACCACCGCGACGCCGAGGCCCUGCGUGCGAAGCUCAUCGAGCGUGGAAAGCGCUUUGUCGCGCUGCGCGGUAUGAACUAUCGUUUCCAUAAGGGCAUGGCCUUCUACAAGAAAAAGCGCACCUUCGUCAUCAAGGUGAAUAUCAAUGGUCGCGUCAUGAUCGACCCGGCUAUCCACCGCCGUAUUAACCCCAACUACGCUAUUUCCACCGUCCGUCCCAAGGAUCCCGAUCUCGUAGAUAUGGAAGAUCUGGGUUUAAGUGAUGGCGACGACGAAGGCAGCGAUGGCUGCUGCUGUGGUGGCUCGGACUCGGACUCCGAGCACGGCGGUGCCUCGGAUACACCGCGAACCAUGUAUAAGGUCAUCGAGGAUGCCGAAGGGAAUCCGCGCGUGGUCGAGGUUGAAGUCGAUGAGAACGGGGCGGAGGUCGAGAAGGAGAAGUUGGACCGGAUUGAUGGCGCGGCGGGUGCUAAGGAGCGGGAGUUCUCCGAAGAGGAGUUGCUGAUUGCCUCGCCGGUUGUCCUGGGUUUCGCGUUCAGUGAGAAGCUCUGGCUCGAGUUCACGAUUUCCGGUAUCAGCGAGAUCGAGUGGGAUAAGGAUGCUUUUGCCUCGCUGGUGCUCCCGGAGAACCAGAAGUCGAUCGUCAAAGCCCUCGUCGAGUCGCAUACUUUCCAUGCGGCGGAAAAUAUCGACGAUGUGAUUCAGGGCAAGGGCAAGGGUCUUGUGGCUGUCUUGCAUGGACCCCCGGGGACGGGUAAGACCCUGACAGCGGAGGGCAUCGCCGAGCUACUCCGUCGCCCGCUGUAUAUGGUCAGCGCUGGUGAGCUGGGUACAGACUCGCGGACUCUGGAGGCCGAGCUGAACAAGAUUCUGGAUAUUGCGCAUUCCUGGGGGGCAGUGCUGCUCCUUGAUGAGGCUGAUGUCUUCCUGGAGAAGCGUACUAUCCAUGACAUCCACCGCAACGCUCUCGUCAGCAUCUUCCUCCGGUUGUUGGAGUACUUCCAGGGUAUUCUCUUCUUGACUACUAACCGGGUGGAAACCUUUGACGAUGCCUUCCAGUCGCGUAUCCAUGUUGCAUUGCGCUAUGGCGAUCUCGCCUCCAAGGCAAAGAGGAGUAUUUGGAAGAUGUUCCUCGAGCGCGUGCGUGCUAUUGAGGGUGUGCGCAUUGCUUCCUUCUCUGAGGAGGAUUAUGACAUGCUCUCCCGGCACACGUUGAACGGGCGACAGAUCAAAAAUUCUGUCCGCACCGCACAAGCUCUGGCCGUCAAUGAGAGUGCGCCGCUCUCGAUGGAGCAUAUCAAACGCGUGCUAGAGGUGGCCGAAACAUUCGAUCAAGACCUGCGCGGCGGAACGGGAUACCUGGACGCCAUGCGCAGCUAUACUUGA